AUGCGCAUGAAAUCGAAGGACGGGGUCAGAUCCCUGGCUCUGCAGGACGUCUGCCAGAAAUACCGCAUACUAACCUCAAUCCAUCAGAUCUGCGGGCGUCUGCCGAUUCAAAUUACCUUCUACUUGGCAAGGCCAGCGGCAGCCGGGCCCCGCGCCUCCGGGGCGCACUCACCGGGUCUGAGCAGGGAGGGCGCAGCCUUGCGGGUGGCGCCCGCGGCGGGAAGCCGGGACCUGCCCUGCUCGCGCGCUAGGGAUCCGGGAAGGAGGAGGAAAGGGGAGGAGUCGCGGGCGGCGCCCCGUGGGACCCUUGCGCAAGGUGCUUUCCAGCUGCGCCGGCUGCAGCCGCGACCCGCGCGCAGCCCCGAAGCGCCGCAGCCGGAGACGGGCACGCCGCCCCCCUCCCAGGGCCCCGGAGCCCUCCCGGAUGCCGGGGCGCCCCGGACCUCAGGGUGCGAACCGCCGGGGCACCCAACAGGGCUGCGAUCGAACGACAGCCCCGAGCCCCCGAACUCUUACCUGCGGCCUCCGCGCGGCCCCGCCGCCGUCCCCCGACGGCUCGCGGCGCAGCUGGCGGGCGGCUCCCGGGAGCCGGGCGCGCCGGGGUCCCCAGGUCCGGGGUCUGCAGGAGCGGGAACCAGGGCUACCGGCCCCGGAGCGUUGGCGCGCCGUCCGGGCCCGAGCGGUCGAGUGAGCUCCGCGCCUCCCGAGCGCCUGGGCCGCCCUCGUCGGCCCCUGACUCACAGCUUCUGGGCCGGCCGAGGGGCGGCGCAGCGGACUCCAGCCGCCGCCUCCCCGCCUCUUCCAUUUCCCCUUUCUCUCCGUAAACAGAAAGAGCCCGCCGGCUUGCAGGGCUGCCCGAGCCCCAGCGAGGGGAAAUUCCGGCCUCCCCCCGCUUGCCCUCGGGGCGCUGGGCGGAGCUGGAGACCGCCGGCUGCGCGGCCCCGGCCCACAGCCUGGAAAAACACGCCCGAGUUCCCUCCGACCUGGGGACCCGGCAGCCGGCGGGUGCCGGCGCCCUCGGCGCUGCUGUGGGGUCCCCGGCCCUUUCCCGCGCCCCCCAUGCCGGAGGGUGUGUCUGUGUGCUCGGGGUGGGGGGGCGAACAGGGCCGCCGCGUGCUGCCCCCGCCGGGCUGCAGGAGGCGCAGGGAGCUUCCCGGAACCGCGGCCCGCCCCCCUCAGGUUUCGGUCCAGGUCACACACGCAGGGCGGUGA